UUCCACUCGGGUUUCUGUGUGCCAGCAGGCAGCCAAAAAUGUUGGCCAUCCUGUCUGUGCUGUUUUUAAUCUUUUACAGUCCGGUCUGCGGGGUUUUUCAGAAGCUUUACUGCAGCAUAUCGGACAGCUGUGAGUGCGACUUUAAGCCGAACAUCAAAGACCUGGAGUGGGACCUCUACAAGAAUGUUUACGGACAGCAUCUGGCCCAGGACAUCGUGUCAGAGGAGGUGGCCAGGUUCCUUCAGAAUAAAAGCCCAGAGCGGCCCCUGGUGCUGUCCUUCCACGGCUCCUCUGGGACAGGAAAGACGCUGGUCAGCUCCAUGCUCGGGAAUCACCUGUACGGCUCGGCGAUGAGCAGCCCGUACGUCCACCAGUUCGUCCCCACGCUGCACUUCCCCUUACCUGAGCGGGUCAAGCAGUACAGGGAGGAGCUGAAGGACUGGGUGCAGGGGAACCUGACGGAGUGCGCUCGCUCCGUCUUUUUCUUCGACGAGAUGGAGAAGAUGCCUCCAGGAGUCAUCGACGUCUUGGAGCCGUUCCUGGGACCCUCACACGUUGUUUUUCGCACCAACUACCGCAAGGCCAUCUACGUCUUCAUAGGCACCACAGGAGAGGAAAUGAUUAAUAAAAUGGCUCUGGAGAGCCGGCAGGCCGGACUGGACAGAGAGGAGAUUAAGUUGGCCGACCUGCAGGAAGCCAUCGCACAGACGGCUUACAACAGCACAACAAGUGGAUUCUUCCAGUCCAGCAUCAUCCGGCAGAAGCUCAUCACGCGCUUCGUUCCCUUCCUGCCGCUGAGCCGGCGCCACGUGGAGCGCUGCGUCCGCUCGCAGCUCUGCCAGCGGGGCAGCUGCGGCCGCGGCGACGUGGUGGAGGCGGUGGGCGGAGACAUGACGUACACGCCCGUCCAGGGACAUUACUUCUCCACCACCGGCUGCAAGGCCGUCCCCGCCAAAAUCAACCUCUUCCUGUGAGCCGAGGGGGAAACUGAUGGUUGAUUUUUUUGUUUGUUUUUUUAAGGACUUGAAAGGGAAAAUCCCUCUGAGGUGAGUCAGUGAGGACAAACUGUGUCUCCCACAUGGAGAGCAGAGUCCAGGGACCACAGGGAACCUACAGCAGCUUUGUGCUGUUCCCUGAAGGCAUCGUUGGUACGUCCAGCUCCGAGCUCAGGAGAGUUUAGUCCCUGAGUCCUGCCACGCUCUACCUCAGACCUCAGCCAGCUUUGAUCUAUGAACUCCAAGUUGGUUCAGUGUCAGCAGCAAGAAGGUCCUCUCCAUUUGUUUUAAGGUCUAUUUAUUCACUAUUUAAAUAUCUUUCCUUCUCCCCCAGCAGGUCCCAGCUGACAGCCUCUUCUCUCACUGAGUCACAUAUUCUGUUUUUAUUUCUUUUCUAAAAGGGAUCAAAAGUCUCGUUUUGAUGUCAAAAGUGAAGGUUUCAUGUCAUGGGAAAAAAAAUCACCUUUUCAGUGUUUGAGCUCAAACGUUUCAGUAUCUCGAGUGCUGACAAACCCACAAACUCUGAACUAAGUGAGACAUAAAACAUCUAACUCUCGUCACUACAAAGGAAUUUUGUUUGGUCACUUUCAGUGAACAGCAGCAACACAAACGAGAGAUAAGAUCAGAAAAUGAGAUUAAAUGUUCUGACAUCUGUCUGAGUUUCACGGCUUUAGAAACUACCACUGCAAAGUAUUGUAUGUUAAGAGAGAGUAUGAACAAAAUAAGGUGUUUUUAACAUUAAAAAACAUGGUCGAUUCGAAACACAAAAUACUAGUAUGAAGCUGAAAAUUGGCCUCAUUUAUUUCCUUUGUUGCAUUUGAAUGUUUUAACUUGUGGGACAAAACCUGAACAGAAAGUUGCAAAAGAGCUGAAACUUCUUUCUUCAAAAGAUCAACUUUUUCGGAGCUUUUUAUCUAAAAAAAUUGUCUUGUCAAAUGUCAUCCAGAAAAUGUAAAAAAAAAAAAAAAAAAACACAUGACAAUAAAAAAAAAAACUUUUCUAAAGUGAUUGGAGUGCAAUAUAAUGCCAAAUUGAGAAAUUAAAGAAAUAUAUCAGAUAUUUAAGCAAGACAUUGAAGGCAGAUGUUGAGACUUAAAAAUAAGAGAAUAUAAGAUAUUCCUUUUUAUUAGGCCCACAAACAGGGAGUUAUCAGCAUUAAAGCAGCAAAUAUAGAAGAAGCAUCAAUAAAAUAACAAUAGUGAAAAAAGCAGCAUAAACCAGAACAAUGUAAUCAACAUCAUAAAAGAAUAUACAGUAAUUAUAAUGAUAUCAAAAUGACUCUUAGAUAAAUAAAAUAUGCAACUUAUUUCAUAGUUUUAGCAUCAAAGCACCAAAAACAUACAGUUUGUAUUACAAAUGUACAAUUUUCUUUCUGGAAGGCUGUUUUGUGAGUGCCAUGUGUAUUUUUUUUUUUUUUUCAUUUUUAUGGAGGAAAAAGAAAAAAAGGUGGAUAUUUACUUGCAAAUAGUUUAGAUUUCCUCUUGAUGCUGUGGCUCUGCAGCACGUCAGCUCUGCCACGAGGGGGCGCCAGAGAUUCACUGUGCCAAGAGUGGAAGAGGUGAAGCAGAGUUCACCUGCAAAAAAAAGAUGUUUGUAUUUAGUUUCUUUACAGUAAAAUGUGUUGUGAAAAUAUUGCCUGUGUGGUUGAACACACUCGGAGUGCACUUUACUUCUGUGAAGGAUAACAAACAGUUGGUAUGCCUUUAUGAAGGCAAAGUGGGUGAAAAGUCACUGUACAUCCAGCAAAUUUGAAUUGUUUACAACUAAUUAAACCAUGAAUGAUUUGUUGUGUGAAAUUAUGGCUGUAUGAAGAGAAUUAUCCACUCAGGUUUCUUCCUCUCCUAAACAAAAAAGACCUGCUGAGUAGGGCUGCACGAUUAUGACCAAAAUAAUAAUCACGAUUAUUUUUAUCAAUAUUGUAAUCAUGAUUAUUAAUCAUUAUUCAUCAUGUUCGGGAAAACAUCCGUAUUUUUAUUGCACUACUACAAACAAUAGGAACAGUUUUUAGUGAGUGUCCGGUGCACAUGCACACUGUACUGCUACAGAGCUAACUGUUAGCCUAUUAGCAACUUGCAGACUGGACGCUAAGGGGUUAACAUCCCCUCCGGCUCUGCAGAUGAGAAGCACUGCUGCAGGAGGACUGGGCCGCUUCGACUCGUUCUUGCUUUUCUUAACGAGCCUCCGACCCCAAAAGUCUCAAAUUACACCAGAAAAAGUCGCUGGAUUUGUCGCCAGUCGCUUUUUUGAAAAAUAGUCUCUAAGGGGUUCUGAGAAGUUGCUAAAUAUAGCAACAAAGUUGUUAAGUUGGCAACACUGCUUCGCCGGCUUUUACAAAUGGAGCGUGUUGUUGUGGCGGGGAGUACUACGUCACAUCCUGCUUUGCGUUCUAUCCAAUCAGCAACCAGGCUGUUUUCAGGGGAUAAAAACUGGCCCGCCCCCUGGUGGUUGGUGGACUACUGGUGUAGAAAGUGCUUGAUUAGAUAUGCAGGAGAGACGCAUUUUAAAAUGGAAAUAUCGCCGACGAUCAGGUUAAUUUAAUCGUGGCGGCCAAAAUCGUGAUCAUGAUUAAAAUUUGAUUAAUUGUGCAGCCCUACUGCUGAUUAAAACCUGCAAAAUCAUCUUCUUAUUGAACGUUUUCAUCAAAUCAUUAAAAAUGCACCGUUUAUUGUAGAAAGAAACUGUAAAAACAGUCGUUAUUGUCUAAAUUUGAACUUUCCGAACUUUUAUAAACCAAGCUUGAAAUGUUGAUAUUGUGUCAGAAUCUCUUUCUUCUACAUGUGUAAUUCAAAACUAACCAGAUCCUGUUAAAAACAUUAAAUUCUGCUCCUCAGAGACACUGUGAAGACAUGAUUGAUUCUGCUUGUUUACACAGAGCAGAGAGGAGAGGACAGUAGAAUCUGCAGCAACAAGUCAGGUGAUUAAAAUGCAACAAAAAUCAAGUUGAAUUUAAUUUUCACAUCAGAACAACAAUAACAAUAACAGACUGAAUAUUAACACAAUCUGUUUUUACUAAUGAUUGGUUGAAACAACAAUAUCUAUAAUAAACAAACAAGAAUAACGAAACAAAUUUCUGCAGAAAUUCAGCCAUAUCACAAUAAAUAGAAUAUUAAAGCUCAAAUAUUUAAUGUCUGAAAAGGAGUAGGAAGAAGCGGAGACCACUUAUCAAGUCUUACACUUUUUUUCCUACCAUUUUUCUGUAUUUAUUUAACUUUUUCUAACCUUUUUACCAAUGAUAUUCCAGAAGCUUUAACAUAGUGUUCUCAUGAAUCCACAAAGCAUUUCCAUUCUUUCAGCCAGCUAUUGCUUUCAGUUGUUUUUAUUCUGUUUGUUAGUUAAGUUAAAUUGAAGAUUUGUAAAUUGUUUCAAUCAAAUUGGAAUUGUUUGCAACUAAUUAAACCAUGAAUGAUUAGUUGUAUUAAAUGGUGGCAGCAUGACGAGCUGCUGCAACAAGUCAGGUGAUUAAAAUGCACAAAAAAAAAAAAAGCAUUUUCUGAUCGGAACAAAGACCAACAGACACAAUGACAGACUGAAUAUUGACACAUAUAAUCUGUUUUA